AUGAUCUACUCCCUUGCAACAUCGGAAUCUCUAACCACAGAGCCUCCUCAUUUUCAUGCAGUGAUAGACUCCGAUGUUUUCACGUUCAUUGGCCCAAAGCCGGCAUCCUUUCCUUUCGUCCCUCCUAAGACAACACACUUAAAGCCCAGUCCUCGCGAAGCGACCAUGCCAAACUUCUUCGCACCAGGAUGGGUCACCUCGUCUCUCCCAUACAUGGGGUUUGCACCUAGCAGUAAUCCAUUUAAAUGUGACUUCUUUCGCUGCUUGGACUUCAGUGCCCAGGCACUGCCUAUUGUCGGUGAUGCUGAUUGUGGCUAUGGUUUGAAGCCGUCGCUGAAAACAGACUGGGAUUCACUAGAAAGGAAUAUAAGGGUCUUCCUUAGGGCCUGUAUGAAGGUUAAUGGAGUCGGCGUUCCAGACGACCUUCGACUAUGGUCAUUUCCUCUCCAAUACGGAUAUUCACGAAGUUACACAACUCGUGAUGAUGCUCGCGCCGCUGCUUAUCGAUCUCGCCAAGCUUUCAUCCCUCUAAUAGCUUCUGUCUCAUUUUUCCUUCACCUACUCUAUCAUAUGCAGAACAAAUGGGUGACGCUUCUCGCAACCGACACUCGGGUCGGUCUACCCAAUCCAAACCCGUUUUGGAGCGCAAGACAAAACGCAGAAGCUGAACGCCGUCGCGGGCCAGUACCUUCUAAGUGGAAUUGGCAAGAAAGGCUGCAGAAGGAGACCUUCAUUAGUACCGAAUGGUUGUCAUAUUUUUACGAAAUCAUGGAGAUCCCUAUGGUCGGGGUCUUCAUGGAUGUUCAUAAUUCAGGUUGUUUACCCUGGCUGAAUAUCUUCCUUGAAACCAAAAUGCCUGUAGCACUAUAUUGGGGAACCGUGCAAAACUGGAGUAUACCAGAAGCACUAUCUCCUGCGCUACCGUUUCCAACUGGCGUCAUGGUCAAGUCUCUGAUCUCCAAACAAUCUCCUUACUCUCCAAUAGAACCAAUUCUUCUCAACACCCAGCAUAGCUCUACUCGUACCAGGCAGUUGCGUCUACCCCGGAUCGAUGGUGGAACUCAACCACGUAGAAAUGAAGGUGUAUUUGAGUUUCUCAAACGGCGAGCUAGUGACAAAGAUAGGGCUAUUGCUACUGAAAGUGCCAAGGAUCGACAGUCUCGUCUUCAGCGUGAAGAAAAUGCAUCCAAAGAUAUGCCGCCAGGGCGCAAAGGAGCACGGGUCUACUAUUGGGAUUUGGUUGAGGGCAUUCGUGUUCGCACUGCAGUCGGCAGAUCUAAUUAUGAAGACAUUUGGGAACGAUAUGGUCCGCGUCAAAGAUGUUAUGAUGCUGUCGCAGAUGAAUGGGAUAUAUGCACAGAGCUCAAUCCGAAUGAUGAACCAUCCUUUGGAGACAACGACGACGAAGAUGACGACUAUUUCAUCACGCCACAAUCCAUAAUAAACCAGGAAAUUGACCAUAACCAUCAUCCAUCAUCCUCCAAUGCAUAUCUUGCGCGCCUUCAAUCUUUCUCUCGCUCUCGCGAUCCUGUUAUAUUCAAUGAGGAGAUUGACAACGUGGUCAAACAUCGCUUCGGAUUUAUUCUUAGGGACAACCAUUCUAACCGCCCGGUCAAGUUUUCUGCUGGUGUUUGGGGUCAAGCAUUGGCUCUGAUUGGCUAUGGACGGCAGCCUAGACCUUCUCUUCGAAAUAGCCAAUCCGAACUGGCUCUUUGUAGUUUCCUUUUUGAUCUUUUGAAAGCCACAAACUUAGCUUCCGCUCCGAGAAAUUUUGAUUUAGUGAGCUUGCAACCUCCAUUGCCCUUCGAGGUGGACGUUCUACCUUCUCGCGACCGCCUCUACUUCCUGUUGCAGGCUCCAGAAGCUCAUGAUAAUGAACCAUUUCAUCUUGCAUUUUCCAGUGCUGGCACUGUGAUGGAAAUUGCACGACGUAAUUGGGGUCCUCGAACUGCAGACCUUUUGCAGAACUUGAUCAAAGGCGGAUUUUCCUUCAAUACAUUAUCCGUUUAUUACCCACCUACCGGUUACCUUUCACCACCUCAGCGCAAAUCAGUUCUUUUGGGACGUCGUCCCUGCGGGUUCUCACCAGGCUUGGAGGAGUAUCACUCAUAUGAACACAGACGAGACAUUUUCCUGCGUUCAGUGAGAGGUCGCGCAGCAAUUUUAGCCGGUGGUUUGAUUGCUCGUCUUGCUCGUGAGGUUGUCAAUGUGAAUGAUGUUCUGGAUGGACCUACUGAACGUGCACUACAUGGGCAAAAUGCACUCUGUGUUUGGGACCCCAGACAAAAGGCUGCUUUUUGGGAUGACGAGUUGACUGAGGAUGAGAUAGACCUUAUUUGCGGAACUUAUGAAAUCGCUACAGAAAUCAUGAGCAAGGACGGAGAACCUCAAUAUGCUAUCAGAUCAUGGUGGCCCCGACCGAUAUCAUGGAAAUUUUGCGGACUCAAUGUUGGAUACUGGUCUAGUGAUGCAGAGAAUUGGUUUCAAUCUCGUCUGAAAGGCAUUCUUGAAAGACCUGGGUCGAUCAAAAUUCUUACCAAUAAUCAAUGGCGAUCAGCAUUGAAGUUCAGUAAGGAUGCCCCAAGACUUUCGCAAAAGAAUGACCUCCUGGCAGCUGAAUAUCUGCGUUCAUUCUUAAAGUUCUAG